AAAACGCGGGUUUUGAGCCCUUUACAGUUGGAGCUAGUGGGAGAGAAACGGAGACUGGAACUACGGAGAGGAUUGGAGGCCUUGGGCGGACGGUUCUCCCCCCAUGUGUAGGAUUUUCCUUGUGGAUUGACAGUCGGAGAAGUUUUCCACAGCUAUGGGGACUUCCCAUCAGGCCUUCCUGGUCUUCGGCUGUCUCCUCACAGGGCCGAGCCUCAUCUUCUGCCAGGUUUCAUUACCCUCCAUCCUUCCAAACGAAAAUGAAAAGGUUGUACAGCUGAAUUCGUCUUUCACUCUGAGAUGCUUUGGGGAGAGUGAAGUGAGCUGGCAGUACCCCAUGUUUGAAGAAGAGAACCCCAGCGUGGAGAUCCGAAAUGAGGAGAACAAUAGUGGCCUUUUUGUGACAGUACUGGAAGUGGUUGGGGCUUCAGCGGCCCACACGGGAUUGUACACUUGCUAUUAUAACCACACUCAGACAGAGGAAAGUGAGAUCGAGGGCAGGCACAUCUACAUCUUUGUGCCGGACCCGGAUGUAGCUUUUGUGCCUCUGGGCAUGAUGGAUUCUUUAGUCAUUGUGGAAGAGGAUGAUUCUGCCAUCAUACCUUGUCGUACCACUGACCCAGAGACUCCAGUGAUCUUGCGCAACAGUGACGGGCUGGUGCCUGCCUCCUAUGAUAGCAGACAGGGCUUCAACGGGACUUUCAGCAUGGGGCCCUACAUCUGUGAAGCCACUGUCCAGGGGAGGACGUUCCAGAGCACUCAGUUCAACGUCUAUGCUUUGAAAGCCACAUCAGAACUGGAUCUAGAAAUGGAAGCUCUUAAGACUGUGUAUAAGUCAGGGGAGACAAUUGUGGUCACCUGUGCUGUCUUUAACAACGAAGUGGUUGACCUUCAAUGGGCGUACCCAGGAGAAGUGAAAGGCAAAGGCAUCACGAUGCUGGAGGAAAUCAAAGUCCCGACCAUCAAAUUGGUGUACACUUUGACAGUUCCCGACGCCACCAUGAAAGACAGUGGAGAUUACGAAUGUACUGCCCGCCAGGCUACGAAGGAGGUCAAAGAAAUGAAGAAAGUCACCAUUUCUGUCCAUGAGAAAGGGUUUGUUGAGAUCAAACCCACCUUUGGCCAGCUGGAAGCUGUCAACCUGCAUGAAGUCAAACAUUUCGUGGUGGAGGUGCAGGCCUACCCCCCUCCUAGGAUAUCCUGGCUGAAAGACAAUUCAACUCUGAUUGAAAAUCUCACUGAGAUCACCACUGAUGUGGAAAAGAUCCAGGAAAUAAGGUAUCGGAGCAAAUUAAAACUCAUCCGUGCUAAAGAAGAAGACAGUGGCCACUAUACAGUCAUAGUUCAAAAUGAGGAUGAUGUGAAGAGUUACACUUUUGAACUAUUAACUCAAGUGCCUUCCUCCAUUCUGGAGUUGGUGGAUGAUCACCAUGCCUCUGGGGGAGGACAGACUGUGAGGUGCAUGGCCAGAGGUGUCCCUCUUCCUGACGUUGAAUGGAUGAUCUGCAAGGACAUUAAGAAAUGUAACAAUGAAACUUCAUGGACAUUUCUAGCCAACAAUGUCUCUAAUAUUCUCACGGAGAUCCAUCCCCGAGACAAGAGUACUGUGGAGGGCCGAGUGACAUUUGCCAAAGUGGAGGAGACCAUUGCAGUUAGAUGCCUGGCUAAGAAUCUCCUUGGGACUGGGAACCGAGAGCUGAAGCUGGUAGCCCCCACCCUACGUUCUGAACUCACGGUGGCAGCUGCAGUCCUGGUACUGUUGGUGAUUGUGAUCAUCUCACUGAUUGUCCUGGUUGUCAUUUGGAAGCAGAAACCAAGGUAUGAAAUUCGCUGGAGGGUCAUUGAAUCAAUUAGCCCCGAUGGACACGAAUAUAUUUAUGUGGACCCAAUGCAGCUGCCUUAUGAUUCAAGAUGGGAGUUUCCGAGGGAUGGACUCGUGCUUGGUCGGAUCUUGGGGUCUGGUGCAUUUGGGAAGGUGGUUGAAGGAACAGCCUAUGGAUUGAGCAGGUCCCAGCCUGUCAUGAAGGUGGCAGUGAAGAUGCUCAAACCCACAGCCAGAUCCAGUGAGAAACAAGCUCUCAUGUCUGAACUGAAGAUAAUGACUCACCUGGGACCACACUUGAACAUCGUGAACUUGCUGGGAGCCUGUACCAAGUCAGGCCCUAUUUACAUCAUCACAGAGUACUGCUUUUAUGGGGAUUUGGUGAACUAUUUGCAUAAGAACAGGGACAGCUUCCUGAGCCACCACCCAGAGAAACCAAAGAAAGAGCUGGACAUCUUUGGAUUGAACCCAGCUGAUGAAAGUACACGAAGCUAUGUGAUUUUAUCUUUUGAAAACAACGGUGACUAUAUGGACAUGAAGCAAGCUGACACCACUCAGUAUGUUCCCAUGCUGGAAAGAAAAGAGGUGUCUAAAUACUCAGACAUCCAGAGAUCGCUGUAUGAUCGGCCAGCCUCCUAUAAGAAGAAAUCUAUGUUAGACUCGGAAGUCAAAAACCUCCUCUCAGAUGAUAACUCAGAAGGCCUUACUCUGUUGGACUUGCUGAGCUUCACGUACCAAGUGGCCCGUGGAAUGGAGUUUUUGGCUUCCAAAAACUGUGUCCACCGGGACCUGGCUGCACGCAAUGUCCUUCUGGCACAAGGAAAAAUUGUGAAGAUCUGUGAUUUUGGCCUGGCCAGAGACAUCAUGCAUGAUUCCAACUACGUGUCAAAAGGCAGCACCUUCCUGCCUGUGAAGUGGAUGGCCCCUGAGAGCAUCUUUGACAACCUCUACACCACCCUGAGUGAUGUCUGGUCUUAUGGCAUUCUGCUUUGGGAGAUCUUUUCUCUUGGUGGCACACCCUACCCCGGCAUGAUGGUGGAUUCUACUUUCUACAAUAAGAUCAAGAGUGGGUACCGGAUGGCCAAGCCUGAUCAUGCAACCAGUGAAGUCUAUGAGAUCAUGGUGCAGUGCUGGAACAGCGAGCCUGAGAAGAGACCCUCCUUCUACCACCUGAGUGAGAUAGUAGAGAAUUUGCUGCCUGGCCAAUAUAAAAAGAGCUAUGAAAAGAUUCACCUGGACUUCCUGAAGAGUGACCAUCCUGCUGUUGCUCGCAUGCGCGUGGACUCGGAUAAUGCAUACAUUGGUGUCACCUACAAGAAUGAAGAAGACAAGCUGAAGGACUGGGAGGGGAGCCUGGAUGAGCAGAGACUGAGUGCGGACAGUGGCUACAUCAUCCCUCUCCCCGACAUCGACCCUGUUCCUGAGGAGGAAGAUCUGGGCAAGAGGAACAGGCACAGUUCACAAACUUCAGAAGAGAGUGCCAUUGAGACAGGUUCCAGCAGUUCCACCUUCAUUAAGAGAGAGGAUGAGACUAUCGAAGACAUCGACAUGAUGGAUGACAUUGGCAUAGACUCCUCAGACUUGGUGGAGGACAGCUUCCUGUAAUGGGCGGGAAGUAUUUUGGAGGUAGCUUCCUUCUAUUCCUGGAGCCACUUUUGGAUCUCUGAGAAAACCACUUUAUUGCAAUGCAAAGGUUGAGAGGAGGACUUGGAGGGUAUACUGGGAGGUUUCCAGCCAAGAGCUGCAGGGAGCCUUGUAAAUCUGAAUGAAUGGAAUACUUUGGAAUGAACUUCUGUGUUGCCUUUUGCAGUGUGUCAGUAGCAUCUCAGUGGUGUGUGAAGUUUGGAAACAAAUGGACAGGGGAGGAGAAAGCCUCAAAAGACUUUUGUGUUUCCAGGGCAUUGGUGAGAUUUCUGUGUAUACAAUUUGUCCUGCAACAAAACUCUAGCAUUGUAAUUAUGUAAAUAACUAACCAAGGAUGAGCUUAGAUUUGUAUGAACCUAUCUCCUUUGGACUUCUGAAGAGACCACUCAAUCCAUCCAUGUACUUCCUUCUUGAAACCUGGUAUCAGCUGCUGUUGAACUUCCAUGUGAAGUGCAUGCAAAACCACUUUUUGAGCGUUUAAAGGUACUGGUACUAUCACAUUUGGUAACUUUUUUUCCUGUUAGUGAUAAAAGAGAUAAGCAAUAACAAUUAACCAACCUUUUUAAAAAUAGAUUUGGGUCAUUUAGAAGCCCAACAAUUCAUUUGCAUAUUGUAACCUACAUUUAUAAUACUACUACUGUUAUCAAUAAUGCUGAAUAUGUAAUAUGUAACAUGAUUUCCCUACAGAGAAAGCACAAUUUAGGAAAAAAACCACCUUACUAAGUAGGUAACAAGUUUGACAGUUUUUGACAUUUAUUUUAAAUAACCUAUAUUUCUCUAUGAAAUAUGAUAAUAGCUUUAGCAGAUUAAAUUUAGUAAACAUAGCAAGCAAAGUAUAAGUAGUGUUGUCCAGAAAAUCAAAGUUUUUUAAUUAUGUACUAAAUAGAUUUCCUAAUCCAUUGUACUAAACACAGUUAAUGACCUCUGAGUAAUGGGAUUAGGUGCAAACACAACCCCAGAAGCUGAAAUGUUCUCAAAGUAAAACCAUGAGCCUGUGUUCUGUGGGACUCUAUGCUGUGACCCUGUAAGCAAUUGGAAGCGUCAGCAGAAAAACUGGCUGUGUGGGGGUUUCUUUUCCUGCCCAGUGAUAAUUUUGGUAGAUUGAAGGACAUGUAUCCUUUAAAUCUAUGAACCUUAAGAGUCGGAAGGAUGCCCUCACAUCAUGUCCAUUCUUUCCUCUCUUACCUCAGAGGAAGAGUUGGCAACCCCAAGUCCAUACCGGUGCUGUUCAGUGAAGACCCUGUGAGUGUUAGCCCACAGUUUGCUGUCAGUUAGAAUCCUUAGAUUCUGGGUUGCCUUUCAAGAGAUUGUGAAUGACUUGAAUCUGAGGGAAACAGGAACCUCAAUUUUUAUGAACUCCCUGGCUUAGGCUACAGGUUGCCGUGGUGGUAUGGGUGAGGAGGGGAGGAACAAGACAAUAAGAACUUGAAAUUUGGAAUUGAAGUAGAAGUUAAGCCCUAGAGGAAACCUACAAUUUAAGUCCUUGGCUUCAGGUCAGUGACAUUUAAUACCAAGCAAUUGCUACUCUUAAUUUCACAGCCGGGUGAUGUCUUGGUUUCGGUAUGUCUUCCCAAAGUAUAAGACAGAGUAAAGACACUACUUCCCAUGGCAUGAACUUGUCCACCCUGAAGCAAAGCAUGGAUGAAAGGGAUGUAACUGUGUGCCAAGUCUCUGUAUUGCAGGUCAAUAUUUUGGUGAAAAUGAUGAAUUUUCCUGAUGUUUUAGAUUCAGAAUGGCUGAUGGAUUGUCAAGCUGCUUAGUGUGGGUUCAUUGGCAUUCUUUGCAAUGUGCUUAAUUGCUGCCACCCUAUGAAUGAAACAUGGGCUGUGAUUGCUGCAAUCACUCUGUGCUUCCGGCAGGUGAUGCUUUGCAAAAAACAGAAGCAAUAACAAGGUACUUGACAACCUACUGGUGUAAUCUCAAUGCAAGCCACCGACUUUCUUACCUUCCUCUCUCGUAGGAAGUGUGAAGACUGAGCCAGAUUAGCCAAUUAAAAAGGAAAACCUGACUAGGUUCCUUAGAGCCAAUUAGACUUGAAAUACAUUUGUGUUUCUAGAAUUCCAGCUCAAGCAUUCUGUUUAUCAUCCACUCUCCCUCAUACAGCCUUAUUUUAUGGGUGCUUGGCAUUCUGAUAUUCUGAAUCUUGCAUGACACCUGUGGGUCCUGGACGAAGCUUCUCAGACCAGCAGCUUCCAGUCAGUCCUAACAUUCCCAACCAAGAUUAUGUGGAUUGCAUUCAAACAAACAGACAAACAAUAUCCUAGAUGCAUUGUCUUUUUUGCUUUCUUUCAAAAUCCCAGAAGAAAAUUUGCUAAUCCUUUCUGCUUUCUAUUUUUAUGAUGACAAUCAAAGCUGGCCUGAGAAACGCAAUUUGUGACUUUCUAAAUGAUCAAUGCGGUCCUUAAAACGUGGUCUGCCAACCUGUACAAAAUGGUCCUAUUUUUUUGUGAAGCGGGACGGAAGAUAAAAUGAUGUUAUACAUCAAUAUGUAUAUAUGUAUUUCUAUAUAGACUUAGAGAAUACUGCCAAACAUUUAUGACAAGCUGUACCACUGCCAUUGUUUAUAUAUUUUUUUAACUGUGAUAUUCCCCACAGGCACAUUAACUGUUGCACUUUUGAAUGUCCAAAAUUUAUAUUUUAGAAAUAAUAAAGAGAAAAAUACUUAA